AAUUUUUCAACAUGAGAAUUAUGUUAAUCUUUGUGUUUCCAACUAUGCAGAUCUCCUUCCUUCCGGUCAUGAGAUCCAUGGUUAUUUGCCUCGAGAUGAUGAUCGUGGUGCACGUCGGUCAGUGAAGGACACAAAAACUAUUGGUUCAGCAUAUGACCAAUAUCUGCAAAAUGCGCAUUCAUCACAAUUGCUCUUGAAGCAACUUUCUCCUUUUACUUCUGGGGAGGCCAGUUCCUUUGGUGGAGUUGCUUUAGGAAGGGCUGUUGGGGGUGGAAUAUCCAGUCUUCAAAUGGCUGAUGCUAUGAUUGGUCGUGCUGGAGCUACUGCUAGGGAUCUAGCACCAAAUGGUCGAAGUGUUGGUCUUAGCAGUCCGCUUCCUGGAGAUGGAGCAAGUAGGUCAAGCCAGGAAAUAUUAUCUCUACCUCCAGAUGCUUCCAGCACGCUUUAUGUUGAGGGACUUCCUCCUGACUGCACAAAGAGAGAAGUAGCUCAUAUUUUUCGCCCUUUUGUGGGAUAUAGAGAAGUGAGGAUUGUAAGCAAAGAGUCCAAACAUCGUGGUGGGGACCUCUCAUCUUUGUUUUGUCGAUUUGCUAGUCCAGCAUGUGCAGCAACUGCAAUGAGUGCUUUGCAAGGUGAUGGUGUCUUUUGACCAAACUUGAUAGUUACCAGUAUUAGCUAUUAUGCUGUGUUUGGUUCAUUUUGAUUCAAUUCCGAGUUAAUUCCAAAUUCUAGUUUUAAUAUUAAGCUUAAUAUGCAUAAUUAUAACAUCAAUAUUGUGUUUAACUCGCUACCCAUUCACUUUUAAUUUUUAGUGUGGGAACCUAUGUUUUCAUAGAUGAAUAAAGAACAUGUUGGAUACACUUUGACAAUCAGUAGUCAAUAAGUAAAUAAAGCAGCAUUGCUUUAACAAAUUUUAAGGUAGAAUAAGAAGAGAGAAAAACAAAAGAAAAAGAGAUUAAUAUUUAUUCAUCUAUGGUCAGGAAAGAAGGGAGAGGGAAACAAGGAAGAAGCAAAAAGAAAGGGGUUAAAGA